AGAGGUCAUUUGGUCGAUCCAGCAACAUCUGAGUUUGUGCAAAUCAUAAAUGUUGGACACUGGCUAUGUCUUAGCACAAUUGGUGUGUCACAUCCUGGCACUGUCAGGGUCUUUGACAGCCUGUUCAUCAAGCCAAAUGCCAUUGCAGUUGAACAUGCCUGUCAGAUGUUGCUGCAUGCUGGUGAUACAGUCACCUUCAUCAAUGAGAAGGUACAAAAGCAGAUAGGUUCUGCUGACUGUGGUCUUUUUGCCUUAGCAUUUGCCACAUAUUUAUGCCAAGGUUUAGAUCCAACGACUCAGCGUUACGAUCAAGCACUGAUGCGACAGCACUAUGUCACAUGUCUUGAAAGUGCCAAAGUUAUUCCCUUUCCAAAGACUAUAAGAAGGGUUCCUUGUCAUGUCGCUGAAAACAAGACAUUGGUACAAAUUUUUUGCAAAUGUCGACUGCCAAAUGACAAGAAAGAAUAUGUUAUGUGCUUUAGAUAUUCCAGUUGGUAUCACCCUGAAUGUGUGCAAGUACCAGAUUGGGCAAUCAACUCAAAGAGGAAAUGGCAAUGCCAAAAAUGUAAAGAUCACAAAACAUUAAGACUACAAAACAGUUUGGCUUAA